CUCAUGAUACCACACCAUUCAGAAGAGCACAAUGUACUCAGGGAAGUAAGAACUGUAGCUGACUGUGACCAACUAAAUAACAUUGCUUGAAAAGCUGCAUUCAUUUAAUGCAACACGUACACCGGCAGCACGGCUCGAGUGAGGAUUCAUCAUGUCUCUGCUCCGAUUCGGAAGCAUGCUGCUGUUGUUGCUGCUGUUUGGACAUUCACUCGGGGCACCUGGUUCAUUCAGCGUGGAUUACCAGAAGGACUGCUUUCGGAAAGAUGGGGAGGAGUUUCGAUACAUAUCAGGAAGCAUCCAUUACAGCCGGAUCCCCCGGGUCUACUGGAAGGACCGGCUGCUCAAGAUGUACAUGGCAGGGCUGAAUGCCAUCCAGAUGUACAUCCCCUGGAGCUACCACGAGGAGUUUCCGGACCGGUACGAUUUUAGUGGAGACAAGGAUCUUGAAUAUUUCCUUCAACUGGCCCAAGACAUAGGUUUAGUGGUCAUCCUUCGUGCUGGACCCUACAUAUGUGCAGAGUGGGACAUGGGGGGGCUCCCUGCCUGGCUUCUCAAGAAGAAAGACAUUGUGCUGCGGUCCUCAGAUCCAGAUUACAUCAAAGCAGUAGAUAAGUGGAUGGGGAAGCUACUGCCAAUGAUGAAGCCUUUUCUCUAUCAGAACGGUGGUCCUAUCAUCACUGUACAGGUGGAGAAUGAAUACGGUAGUUAUUUCGCCUGUGACUACAACUACAUGCGCCACCUGACUCAGCUGUUCCGGUCUCACCUUGGUGAGGAGGUGGUGCUCUUUACCACAGAUGGAGCUGGGCUCAGCUACCUCAAAUGUGGCUCAAUACAAGGUCUCUACGCUACUGUUGACUUUGGGCCAGGUGAGAAUGUAAACGCUGCCUUUGCUGCACAGAGACACGCUGAACCUCAUGGACCUUUGGUGAACUCUGAAUUGUACACUGGCUGGCUGGACCACUGGGGGUCACGUCACUCUGUUGUGUCGUCUGCCAUAGUGGCAAAGUCCCUCAACGAGAUCCUUGCCCUGGGAGCAAAUGUCAACAUGUACAUGUUCAUAGGGGGAACAACCUUUGGAUACUGGAAUGGUGCAAACGAUCCAUACGCCUCGCAGCCCACAAGCUACGACUACGACUCCCCGCUCACGGAAGCAGGAGACCUGACGGAGAAAUACUUUGCAAUUAGAGAGGUGAUCAAAAUGUACCGUAAGAUACCUGCGGGACCAAUACCGCCCACAACUCCAAAGUACGCAUAUGGGACUGUUGGGAUGAAAAAGCUCCAGGUGCUAUCAGAUGCUUUAGAAACACUGUCUUUCUCCGGCCCCAUCAAAAGCAAAUAUCCUCAGACUUUCAUUGAACUGAACCAGGCCUUUGGUUAUGUGCUCUACAGGACCACUCUGCCUGUUAACUGCAACACAUCAACUCCGCUGUCAUCUCCACUGAACGGCGUCCACGAUAGAGCGUAUGUGUCAGUGGAUGGGGUGGCUGUGGGGAUUCUUGAAAGGAACAAAGUCAUAACUGUCAAUGUGACUGGGAAAGCUGGCAGUCAGGUGGACAUACUGGUGGAGAAUAUGGGUCGAAUCAACUACGGAAAAAACAUUAACGACUUUAAGGGCCUGGUGUCCAACCUGACUCUAGGGAAGGAUACACUCACUGGCUGGACCAUGUACAGCCUGAACAUCGAUGAAGCGAUCAAUCGGGGUCUUCUCGGUGAAACGAAACCAACAGACCCACCUAAGCCUCCUGCUCUCUCCCUGCCAACCUUCUACGAGGGAAGCUUCAUUAUUCCUGCCGGCAUCCCAGACCUUCCCCAGGACACCUACAUCAAGCUGCCCAAAUGGAGGAAGGGACAAGUUUGGAUUAACGGCUUCAACUUGGGACGUUACUGGCCAGCCCGAGGGCCUCAGGUGACACUUUUUGUCCCUGCCAACAUCCUCAGCACAGCUGCACCCAACAAUGUGACUGUCCUGGAGCUGGAAGAGGCUCCCUGCAGCUCAGGGCCAUGCAGUGUGGAGUUUACUGCCACCCCCAUCCUGAAUGCAACAGUCCAGUCUGACUGCAAACGGCAAAGGAGGCUCUUCAUUAAAGAUGAUUUGUUGUGAUAAUAAGGGAACUCACUUUUGCACAAAAGGAAU